GCUAUACACGCAGACCAGAGACCGGAAAAUAAAAAGCUGCACCUCACAAGCAAAAAAGCCAUCGCAUCAUCAGAGAGGGGCAUCAGGACGCGUUUCAACACAGUAGGGUGGAGUAAAGAGCCAGAGCAGCUCCGGGCUGUUGUCGAGCGUCUCCUUUGCGCAGAUGCAGGCUCUUGCAGCUCUGUGAAAACUGACUGAGCUGCGGCAUCAACACAAGAGAAGGUACUUUUUUUACUGAAUCUCUGUCUCCUGCUGCUGCUCUGGAUACUGUCUAUCAUCUGCACCCGUGAGCAAAGACACCGAGAGCGGAGGAGACGCGCAAUUACGCAAUGAAAGGCAAUUGCUUCUAGGGAGGGAAGACAAGGGGGAGACGGGGGGAGCUGCAGCAGCCAUCGCUUUCUCCAGAGCUGAGGUCGGUCAUGGUGGGACGGGGACUCUGGGGGUGUAAACCCCGGCUCGGGAAGCGAGGGAGCAAGUUCGGUGUUCUGCCUUAUUUGUGCGCUGCGGCGGUGUGCGCGGCGCUGCUGGCCCUGCUCUUCGUGGACCUCAUUGAGUCAUGGGUCACCUCCAUGAGCAUGAACAGCGUGGUGGAGCCGCACGUCGGCAUCAUCCCCCCGCAGAGCGUCCCCCCCACCAGACCCGAGGAAUUCCUGCUCAUGCCCAGCCCGCUCGUGUGCCAGCGUGCCAAGCCUUACCUCAUCACUAUGGUCACCACGGCCCCCGCCAACCAAAGGGCCCGCCAGGCCAUCCGAGACACCUGGGGAGGAGAGGUGGAGGUGAGGGGCCUGCGGGUCAUGACCCUUUUCAUGGUGGGCGUUGCGUCUGGCCCGGGACUGGCCAAGCUGCUGAUAGAGGAGGCCCGGGAGCGAGGGGAUCUGGUCCAGGGGCGGUUUUUGGACACCUAUUCCAACCUCACCUUGAAGACCCUGUCCAUGCUGGGCUGGGCCCGCAGAUUCUGCCCUCAGGCCCACUUCAUGGCCAAAGUGGACGAUGAUGUUCUCUUCAAUCCCAGCGCCCUUCUGCACUUCCUGAACAAGAGCCGUAACCCCUAUGAACAAGGAGACCUCUACCUUGGCAGGGUGCAUCUCCAUGUGGCUCCAGACCGUGAUCCAGACAGCAAGCACUACCUCCCUUCAGGAGCCUACCCUCCCUCUGUCUUCCCAGACUAUUGCAGUGGCACGGCCUACAUUCUAUCACGCUCUGCAUUGCUCAAAAUCUCCCUGGCAGCCUCUGCUUCACCUUUAUCCACACCUCUCCCCCCUGAGGAUGUGUUUGUGGGUCUAUGUGCCCGGGCUGCUGGCGUGCUGCCGUCACACUGCCCACUCUUCUCUGGUGGUCCAGGCGUUCCCUAUGGGCGCUGCUGUUACCAGGCCAUGGUGUCCAUCCACCACAUACCACCCAGGGAGAUGCUGCACCUCUGGGCCGAUGUUCACUCUUCUCCUCCCUGCUCUUGGCUGAGUCUUCAUGCUUCACUGGGGAUGUGCAAAGUCAGGGCGAUGCUUGGGUCGGCUCUGGGAUUAGAGCAGGGGUUGUGAGGUUUAUUUAAGCAUGGAACAGGAAACAGUGGGGCUGUGCCUCGCUUCAAUGCUGUGAACAACGCAGGUGCUCUUCAGAAUGUGAAACUGCACCACGUGUGCGCUGAGAAAAUGGCAGUUUAUUUUUAUAGCUUUAUUUUUUUAAAAACUAUUUAACAGGCUUUUUUGCAGAAAAGGAGACUAUCAGCUGGUAGUGUGAAGAAUCUCACCUUUAAAAACCUCCCGAAACUUACAGCAUCCUGCAUUACAUUACAUUGACACGUACUGUAGAUGUAGAACAAAUGAUGUUGGCAUGCUGAUAGUGUAUAGCCAGGAAGUACUUCUUUUGCCAUAUAAGCUCUGACAUCUAAUAGCUGCUGCUGUCAUAUAUGUAGUUUAUCACCAGGUGCUUAAAUUGUAUAUGAUAGUCUAAUAAGAUGCUUAAAUGCAUGUCUCCAAAAAACAGUGCAGGUGAACUCACAAAAUGCAUAUGUAGGAAGGUACGUGCAUCGACGGGGCAUUAAUUGGUCUGUUGGAGACAUUUUGGCUCAGUAAUUCUGCUGCACCAAAAACAACAGUGAAGAUUAUAUGAUACUUCUAAACGCUAUGAAAUGCCACAAAAUAUGAUUUCAGUAUUUGAACCUCUUGUCUGUAAUGGUGAAAUCGAACAUGAAGUCAAGUGCGAAUGAGAGUUUUGUGCUGUUGUGUCUAGACUGACGUUUAGUCUCUGCUAUCGGUCAGUAUGGGAUGAUGAAUAGAUUUUUAAAGUUUGCAAUAUGUUAAAGUGUUAAGUGUUCCUCCUGUAAACGUGGAGGUCAGUGUGUUUACACUCAGGAAAUAUAGGUACGAGUCCACUACUGUCACAAAUAA